GGCGCAGGGCCCCUGGAGUUCUAACGUGACUGCUAUGAAGUCGAACUUUCCAGUUUCUGUAUCACUAUAUCUACCUGAUUUUCUCACGCUCUUCGUUGGCCACUUCUGUUUUCGGCAUAUUCGACUCGGUUCCUAAUCAUGUCCUCGUCCUUUCCACCAUCACCUCGAUCAUGGACUGACACCGGCUACCUUUCUUCUUCUUGGAUCGACUCUUCACUUGAAGCAUACACCUUUUUAAUCUCCCGACACGACCUCAGGUCCAUGAUCUGUUUCAUUAAAAGCCAUCUGUUUCUUUUACUCGGGUGUUUCAUUUUGGCUACUCUAGAAUCGGCGUUUCUUAUAGACGGACUGGGUUAUUGUGCUUUGACUUUUCCUUUUGUGCAGUGGGAUACAUGGAUUGAUACCAAGACAGACUAGAACCUCCGACCUCGCGGUCACUUACCCUUAUUGUUAUUUCGUCUACUUUUACAGAAUACAUUUCCUCAGUGGAUUUCGUCUCUUCUUGUUGCAGUGUGCGGGGUUUUUUUCUUGAUGAUUUGCG